GAUGCUCCAGGAUGCAGAGACUUUAUCAAAAACAUGAUUACAGGUACAUCCCAGGCUGACUGUGCUGUCCUGACUGUUGCUGCUGGUGUUGGUGAAUUUGAAGCAGGUAUCUCCAAGAACUGGCAGACCCGUGAGCAUGCCCUUCUGGCUUACACAUUGGGUGUAAAAGAACUAAUUGUUGGUGUUAACAAAAUGGAUUCCACUGAGCCACCCUACAGCCAGAAGAGAUACGAGGAAAUCAUUAAGGAAGUCAGCACCUACAUUAAGAAAAUUGGCUACAACCCCAACACAGUAGCAUUUGUGCCAAUUUCUGGUUGGAAUGGUGACAACAUGCUGGAGCCAAGUGCUAAUAUGCCUUGGUUCAAGGGAUGGAAAGUCACCCAUAAAGAUGGGAAUGCCAGUGGAAUCACACUGCUUGAAGCUCUGGAUUGCAUUCUGACACCAACUCGUCCAACUGACAAGCCCUUGUGUCUGCCUCUCCAGGACGUCUACAAAAUUGGUGGUAUUGGUACUGUCCCUGUGGGUCGAGUGGAGACUGGUGUCCUUAAGCAUGGCAUGGUGGUCACUUUUGCUCCAGUCAAUGUUACAACUGAAGUCAAGUCUGUUGAAAUGCACCAUGAAGCUUUGAGUGAGGCUCUUCCUGGGGACAAUGUGGGCUUCAAUGUCAAGAACGUAUCUGUCAAAGAUGUUCGUCGUGGCAAUGUGGCUGGUGACAGCAAAAAUGACCCACCAAUGGAAGCAGCUGGCUUCACAGCUCAGGUGAUUAUCAUGAACCAUCCAGGCCAAAUUAGUGCUGGAUAUGCACCUGUGCUGGUUUGUCACACAGCUCACAUUGCUUGCAAGUUUGCUGAGCUGAAGGAGAAGAUAGAUCAUCGUUCUGGAAAAAAGCUGGAAGAUGGUCCCAAGUUCUUGAAAUCUGGUGAUGCUGCCAUUGUUGAUAUGAUUCCUGGUAAGCCUAUGUGUGUUGAGAGCUUCUCUGACUAUCCUCCUCUGGGCGGUUUUGCUGUUCGUGACAUGAGACAGACGGUUGCUGUGGGUGUCAUCAAAGCAGUGGACAAGAAGGCAGCUGGAGCUGGCAAGGUCACCAAGUCUUCCCAGAAAGCUCAGAAGGCUAAAUGAAUAUUAUACCCAAUAUGUACCACCCCAGUCUUAAUCAGUGGUGGAAGAACGGUCUCAGAACUGUUUGUGUCAAUUGGCCAUUUAAGUUU